AUGGUCAAAGACUUCCCCAACCCGCCAAACCAGUGCUCAUUCAAGAGUAAUGACAAUCAAGGAAUGGUAAAAUAUUACGUAAAUUCUGACCACAAAGAUAAUUCAACAUCUUAUUUUCAUCAUUCAAAUAAAGAUGAUUGGACCACUCUUACAGGAUCAUUUUGUCCUAGGGAAUCAAGGAAUUAUCAUAUUGUUGCAAGAGCGACUUCAAAUCUUGCAUCUUCAUUUAAUUAUGAUCAAGUAUAUAUUAAGAAAGGUUUUGGAUGGGGUUUUUGCGAGAAAGAUUACGGAAAUCUUUAUUUAUAUGCUAAUAGAUGCUAUCCUUUCGUUGUGUCUGGAAAUUCUGGAGUUUCUCCAAAUUGCCAUGGUUUAAUGGAUGACAACAUAAUUGACUCAUCAAAAGCUGUUAUCAUGGAUUGUUUAACAGAUGAUUGUCUCCCAGGUUUCUAUACGGAUACAUGCGAAAAGAAGAAUGAUGCUUUUUGCAAUAAUAACGGAUCUCCAGAAUAUGGAAGAACAUCUGAUGGUCUUGGAUGCUAUUGUGAUAGAUUUAACGAUAAUAUUUUCUGUGAAGAUACAACACAAUUCGCUUUUGAAGAAGGAAGAAGAGGAGUUCAAUUCAUUUCAAAAUAUAAUGAUAAUCUCAUAUCAACAUCAGAAGUUUUUGAGAACUUUGAUAUGAUAGAGAUGAGUGAAUCCUAUUCAAAAGUCAUUAUAGAAUCAACAUUAUUUGUUCCACAUAUACAGAUCUUCAGUUCCUUUUACAGUCAACACCUGAAAGCAAACUGUUCAUUGAUGACAAUGAAAUAA